AGCCACACGAUACGCGUACACGUGCGCGUCUCACUGCGCGCAGCACAGGGCUGACAGACCAGCUUCGGCGGAAACGUUUGUGUUUGGGUUUGAGAAAAGUUUAUCCUCAAUUGCAUUAUGACUAACCUUUCUAUUUAAUUUAUCGAUGUUGGAGCUACUACAUUGUUUUUCAGUUGAGAAAUGCACGCCGUUUUAUCUACACAUAGUACAAUAAGCAAAGCUACGUCAAUGAUCAACAUCACCACUGCCGAUCCGCACGCGCGAUAGCGCAUGAAAGCUUCUGCUCGCCCGCGAAACCGCAACUUCAGUUGACAAUCUGCGCGCGACCCCGCACGACGUUGUUGUCGAGAUCCGCCUGCUUCGCCAGCUUCAGAGUUCUCUACCCGCGAUGUACGAGAUGAGACUAAGGCUUUUGCUUCUUGCACGGAAGCUUUUGCUGCUGCUGCUUUUGCAAAGGCGGCUGGAGCGCAGAAAGCGUCUGCAGCGACGUUGGUGGGUCCGGCCCGUAUUUCAACGGCGUAAAGAAGAAGGACUUUACUACACGGCUAUGCAACGGAUGCGUCAGGGAGACCAUGAAUUUUUCUAUAAGUUUUUCCGCAUGACGCCGCUGCUCUUCGACAAGCUCUUGGCCUUUGUAGCAGACGACCUCACACGGCAGCACCACAUACGAGAACCCCUGGAGCCUGGUGAACGGCUUGCUAUAGCAUUGAGCUACUUGGCAUCCGGGCAGGACAUAAAAGAUGUUGCCCUGGCUUACCGUGUGGGGAUUGAGACGGCUAGACUCUGCAUUCAUGUGGCCUGUCGAGCAAUCUGGGCAAGGUUGAAAGACCACUACAUGAAGGCACCAAGCAUGUCUGAAUGGGCACAGAUUGCCGAUGGGUUCACCGCACAGUGGCAGUUCCCAAACUGCUUGGGAGCAGUUGAUGGAAAGCAUGUUGCCAUAGUUGCUCCUCGGAAUUCUGGCAGCUUGUACUACAACUACAAGGGCACCUUUUCAGUUGUACUUAUGGCUGUUGUCGACAGCAACUACAAGUACAUACUGAUAGAUGUUGGAGCAGAAGGCCGCCACAGUGAUGGCGGUAUCUUCCAGAACUCCACCUUUGGAAGAGCCCUCCUCCAAGACCGCCUCCCUGUGCCUACAUGUGCUCGACUGCCAGGAACAACGGGCACCAUUGCGCCUUUCACUUUCAUUGGGGAUGAGGCAUUCCAGCUGCGCACCAAUUUUAUGCGCCCGUUUCCGGCAAAACAGCUCAAUGAUGCACGAAGAGUGUUCAACUAUCGACUGAGCCGAGCACGGAGGUGCGUGGAAAAUGCCUUCGGGAUCACGGCAGCCCGGUGGCGCAUACUCCUCCGAACCAUCCCUUUGAAGCCUGAGAACGUUGACUUUGUCAUCAAAGCAGCAUGCAUCCUGCACAACUUCCUGACCAUCCUGAAUGCUGAUGUGCAUCAUUUUACAGACAGGGAGGACAGUUUUGGGAAUGUUGUGCCGGGGCACUGGCGGCAAGGCAUGCCAAGGGAUGGCUCAGAGCAGAGCUACUUUUCACUGCGUACGACACGUGCCAGAAACUUUGAAGCUAAGGCUGCAGAUGCCAGGAAUCUUCUUAUGGCAUACUUCUGCAGCAGCGCUGGUGAGGUCCCCUGGCAGUGGCACCAACCUGGUGUGUCAAAGGAAGCAGCCGUGAAGCAGCUCCAUGACCAACGGCUACUUCCGCUCCAGUAAUAUGCAACACUUCCCAACGUCCCUAGCUCUGCCUGCUGAAGACUGCCUGCUGAAGCCAGCGACGCUUGUGAUUGCGGCCUGCUGUGGUGUGCUUCGGAAGCCUCUGGAAUGUACAGCACUUCUUCAAGCAGCGGUG